CUCAGAAACGCCACAAAACGCCUGCGUGGCGUUGCGUACGUUGCGGGAUUCGGGGAUUCCUUUCUGCUCUCCGCUUGUCGUUUUCUUUUCUGCCUUCGAGUUUUCUUUUCUGCCGGCUCUUCCUCCUUCCUUGCCUUUCUCUGGGCAGCUCCUCUGUGUUCCUGCCAGUUCGCUCAGCCCACGAUGCGCUCGACGUGUCUGUCGGCUCCCGCCGCCACGGCCCUGCUGCUCCUCAUCACGUCAGCCGGUGAGCUCUCACGUCACGACACGCCUGGCCGCCCACAGAACGGCCAAACACCGAACACACCUGGGUCUGUCUGUGUCUGUGUCUCUGCGUUUCUCUCUGCGUCAGUGCUGCUGUGCGCGGCCAUCCCGUCCGACGCCUCGCCCGCAUUGACCCGCUCUCUGCAGGACGACACACAGGCGCUGAAAGGAACUGGCGCAGGGGGGCAAGACAAGGGCGAGAAGCAGCAGCCGGCUCCUGCCCCAGCGAAGCCCCAGCCACCGAAGGCGCAGCCGCCCAGCGAGCAGCAGUCCCCAGCCAAGCAGCAGCCGCCAAAGCAGGGUGACCACAACGCCACCCGCCCUGCCAACGACGCCGACUCUGACCCGCUGGGUAACCACACAGACCCACAGCCACACACACACAGUGUACCCUGUUUCCCUCCCUCUCCCUCUCUCUCGUGUGUGUGUGUGUGUGUGUGGUGUCUGCAGAGGAUUUUACGACGUGCGGAGACAACAGUCCCUGCACUGACCCAGGAUUCCACUGCCGUCCGAGCGGUUCAAGUGCCGGGCAGAGCCGAUGCGUGCGCUGCUGCGACACUGAGAGGAGUCCCUGCCCAAGCGCGUUCUUCUGUGGAAGCGCCUCGCAGGACGGUUUCUGUGGAUUGGGCCAGUGUACGUGUCAACGCACCACGCCACGCCACACCACACCACACCAAACCUCACACCUUCGCCGCUGUGUGUCUGCGUGUGUGCUGUUUGUGUGCUUUCUGUAUUUGUCAGGCAAGAAUCGCAGGAAGAUUAAUGACUCCUGCUCUCGCUUCUCCCAGUGCCUCUCCGGGACUUGCAAAGACGCCAAGUGCGUCGCGCACCAACCACCCAACGAAGGCCCAGGGAACCGGGGAAAGGACAAGGGCGGCAAGGGCAAGGGUGUGCCGACCGACGGCACAGGCAAGGGCAAGACCCCUUCGCCGCAGCAGCCGAAGCCCAAGGCUGACGGGGCUGCGGGGGGCAAGGGCAAGGAGAAGCAGCAGGAGUGGGAGGGACAGGGACAGGGAGAGGGAUGGGAGGCAUGAUCACUCAGGUGUCUGAUUUAUCGUGUUUUUAUGGGAAGGUUAUGGGAAGGUAAGUGCUCUGUCCAUUUCAUCCCACCCAAGCAACACCGUUUUACUUUCAUCUCACGGUGGCGUCGCGUACACACAACACAUUGAGGGGAGGGGAGGGCAGAGGAGCGUGAUGUGUGUGUGCGCGCGUGUGAUUUCAUGAUGUCAUGUGCGUGUGGCCUAGCCCGCGGCAGGUAUACACGAACAUGGGCUGGCUGAUGCUUGUGGCCCCGCAGGUAGCCUGAUUGCUUGAUCGUCUUUCGUGCACACACUUGAGCCAGACAGACAGACAGAGAGGCAGACGGACAGAGAGACAGACAGACAGGCACCACUAAUGGAUCUGGGAAGUGUUUCUGGCUGGCCAGCCAGCCGGGCCCCCCUCUUUUCGUCUGUUGUGUGCGCACAUCCAUCCAUUCAUCCGUUUCAUGUUGUCUCCCGCAGCUGGCUGCAUUAUGUUCAACAAACACUCAGUGAUGCCAUUCAUGUGUGUCAGUCAGGUAAGUGUAUGCACGCUGCUGCUGCUGUUGAGGGGGUGGGUGGGGGAGCGUGUUUCUCGGAAGUUUCUCGUGCCGUCGUUUUCAUCAUCAGCCAGCCAUUCUUGUAGAUGUGUGAGACAAACAGAAAGUAGGAAGGUGCAUGGCAUAAUCGGACAGUUGGGAGAGCGAGACGAGACACUGAUGUGCAAAGCAAAAAGACAAUCAAGGUGUGCCAUCUUCAAACCCAACUACCAG